AUGCAGCUUGUGACCAACUCAGAACAGCAAAACAGAACAGGCAUUGCAGAGUUCAUCCUUCUAGGAUUUGGGAAUGUUGAGGACUGGAACAUUCUACUCUUCCUGUUAUUCCUAGCCAUCUAUAUUGUUACGCUCUCUGGUAAUCUUCUAAUUGUUGGACUGGUUAUAGCAGACCAGCAUCUCCACACUCCUAUGUACUUCUUCCUGGCAAAUCUGUCCUUCUUGGAGUCCUGCUACACUUCAACCAUACUGCCCAGAAUGCUGAACAGUUUUCUUAUGGAAGACAAAACAAUCUCUCUUUGGGGCUGCAUUUUGCAGAUGCAUUUCUUUUCUACUCUGGCAGCUACAGAAUGUUAUCUCUUGGCAGCUAUGUCCUAUGAUCGCUACCUGGCCAUAUGUCGACCAUUGCAUUAUGUUACACUCAUGAAUGAGAGAACAUGUCUUCUGCUUGUUUCAGUUUCUUGGAUCAUUGGGCUGUUGCUUAUAACCAUCUUAACAUAUUUGCUAUCACGCCUCACUUUCUGCAGCCAGUAUAAAAUCGACCAUUUCUUUUGUGACUUUACACCACUAGUAAAACUCUCUUGCAGUGACACCUGGGUUAUUGAAACUGCUGCUUUCAUAACCUCGUCCAUAGGAAUUCUUCCCACAUUUCUCAUAACUGUGACUUCCCAUGUUUUUAUCAUUGGCACAAUCCUGAAAAUUCCAUCCUUCACCGGGAGGCAAAAGGCAUUUUCCACCUGCUCUUCUCACCUCACUGUCGUGUCAAUAUUCUACGGAUCCUUAACAUUUGUCUACAUAUUACCAACAACUGGGAACUUCAAAGACAUAAACAAGGUCUUCUCUUUCUUGUACACAGUGCUGACUCCUAUGGCAAAUCCCUUCAUCUACAGUUUAAGAAACAAAGAAGUCAAGGAAGCUUUUGCAAAAGUAAUAUGCAAGUUGGUGUUUUCUCAUGCGAUUCAUUAA